AUGACUUUGGUGCGAAUACGACUGGGAUUGUUUGAGAGAGACUUGGGCCAUAGGUUUAAUGUUUCUCGCAUGUCUGUUUCAAGGAUAACUAACUCAUGGCUGAGAUUUUUGAGGUCAGAGUUCGAGCCACUUAUACAGAUACCACCUGAUGAUGUUUUGAAAUUUCAUAUGCCGAAAGUCUUCAAAGAAAUCUGUCCUGACACUGUUGUCAUUGUAGACUGCACUGAGUUCCAGAUGGAAAAGCCAUCGUCACUCGAUGCCCAAUCUGCCUGCUAUUCAUCCUAUAAGAGCACUAACACAAUGAAAGCUUUAUUAGGAAUCACACCAAGUGGAGUUGUCUGUUUUGUUAGUGAACUAUUUCCAGGAAGUACUUCUGAUCUAGAAAUAACAAUGCAAAGUGGCUUUCUUGGCAAACUUAAAAGAGGUGACGAGGUAAUGGCUGAUAAGGGGUUUAAUUGUCAAGAUGAGUUAGCAUCAGUUGGAGUUGUGCUAGUUAAACCUAAUUUUCUAAAAGACAAAAAGCAAUUUUCUACCAAAGAAACAGAACAUAAUAAAACAAUUGCAAGUCUCCGUGUCCACGUGGAAAGGUUAAUGGAACGUAUUAAAAACUGGCAUAUUUUUGAUCGUAAAAUUCCCAUUUCAAUGUCACCUGUUGCCUCUGAUAUAUUAAUUGUGGUGGCUGCUCUAUCAAAUUUUCUUCCUCCCUUAAUAGACUAA